AUGCAGAACGAUUGGAUUAAGUGCAUCAGACAGGAAAUAAAUGAUUUUACAUGGCUUCCAUCAAAAAAUGCAAGAAUAUGCAGUGACCAUUUCUGUAAUAAAGAUUAUAAGGGUUAUGAUGGAGAAAGGAAGGUAAUGCUAAAGAAAGCAUUCCCAUGUUUUCAAUUUAAAAAAAUUAGAACAUAUGACUCUGAUCAAAAAUCAGUCGCGUUGACACUGCAUUUGUAUGGGCAUAAGGCAUAUGAUUAUCUUUGGACAAAUGGCUUACAUCUUCCUCACACUAGGAAACUUGGGGAGUUUGAAGCUUGA